GUAGCGACACAAUGAAGGCCAACUUCAUCACCAAGUUGCAUCUGCGCGAGCUCAGCGACUCCCAGCGCUAUCGCCGUCGCCUCUACAGCGACCGCCACCUGGUCACGGGGCUUGACAUCGUUCAGGAGCUGGACGGCCACUCAGGCUGCGUCAAUGCGCUGAGCUGGUCCUCAGAUGGCCACCUUCUGGCCUCGGGGAGUGAUGAUGUCCAUGUCAACAUUCACAGAUAUCUGCCCGGCGACGACAGCACCCAACCGCUCAAGUUGACCACGAGUGUCGCCACUGGUCAUACCCAGAACAUCUUCAGUGUCAAGUUUAUGCCACACUCGGCCGACAAGACCGUCGUCACAGCAGCCGGCGAUGGCGAAGUACGCGUCUUUGAUCUCGAAUACGCUGGUUCAGCGGGACAUGCCUCGCGCGCAUCCGCGCUGGCGAGCGUGGGCAGACGACGGCGCGGAAGCCAGACCACUUACUUGACUGAUGGAAAUACCAAUGCGAGGGUGUAUCGAUCCCAUGGUGACAGAGUCAAGCGCAUCGUCACAGAGUCCUCUCCCCAUCUGUUUCUCAGCUGUUCCGAGGACGGCGAGGUAAGGCAAUGGGACCUCAGGCUCCCUUCUUCAGCUUACCCGCCUUCUCGAGGAUUUCGUUUUGGCCAUGAUUCGUCCGCUCCACCUCCCCUGAUCUCGUAUAAACGAUAUGGUUUGGACUUAAACUCCAUAUCUUGCAGUCCUUCUCAACCAUACUACAUUGCCUUAGGUGGAGCUCAUUUGCAUGCUCUGCUACACGACCGACGAAUGACUGGCCGCGACAAGCUCAAAGAGAAAGGAGCUCACCUCUUGCCGAUCAGCCAGUUAUCUUCUGAAGAUCAGGAACUGCUCACAUCAGCCACACAGUGUGUAAAGAAGUUUGCUCCCAAGGGCCAGAAGAAAAUGAGACGUUCAGAUAACGGCCAUGUAACAGCUCUCAAGAUUUCUGACGCGCGCCCUGACGAAAUCGUCGUCAGCUAUUCAGGGGACGACAUCUAUAGCUUUGAUUUGCUACGGGAACCUAACGCAGAUAAAGCAUUCCGUGAUAGCGGCCAACGAAAGCGAAAACGUGUGGCAGCAGGCAGCACAGCUUCCUUGGCACACGGGGCAGCUGACCCCUCGAAGCGGCGCAUAGAACACUCAGCAACACACAGUAACAAUGAUGCAUCGUUGCGAAUUCGUUACCAGAAUGGUCAAAGCGAGGAUAUACCGCUCUCGGCUGGAGAUCAGCUGACUGCACCAGUCACAGAAACCCAACGUGCUGCGCGCCAUAUCGCUGACCUUGUUUUGCGUAUCAAAGUUUCAAUGUUCGAUUCGGGCAGUUCGACAAAUGCCGCAUCCUUCCACAACGCCCUGGAAUUGGCAGCAUCUGCAAUUCCUAGCAUGGAUGCAAUCAUGCGUGGAUGGCGAUAUCCUCUGGAUCCUGGCCCCGAGCAAAUUUACGAGCAACAGAAGCUACGGUAUCACCGUGAAAGCAGUAGAAGAUUUGUGCAGGCAGCAGGUACUUUGGCUCGUGCUAUCAUCGGUGGCUCAACGGUGCCAGCUGGCCCAUUGGCGGCUCACUUCACCUCUGUUGAGGCGAGGCGCAGCGACCUCGCAGUGCGUCAGCAAGAACUUUUCAGUUACGAGUUUCUGAAGUCCAUUCUGCUUUGGCUUGAUUCUGGAGUAGGACGUCUCAUCGAAGGCUUCACGAGACCCGAAGAUAUGCCCACAACGAGCAAAGCUGCAUCAAGAUUGCCAAUUUCUGAAAGUGAAGCCGGCUCAGAAGCAGUUGACGAAAUUCUCAUUCCGUAUCUUCUACAGCUGGCCAGUGAUCGACCGAUCGUCAACGUCGAAACGAAUCGAUUCGAAGCUGAUACGGAACGACAAUUAUUCGAAAACGAGAGUGCAGCAGUGUUCGCAUUCGCCGCGGCAGUAAGAAAGCCGUUCGCGGACCUCUCCUCCGCCGGAGGCGAUAUUGACACUCAGGAUCGAAUCACGGCAUGUCGAUUUUGGGCCUCUGAGGUCGCACGUGGCGUUUUGUUGAAUGCGACAAGAGGCCUCAAGUUCGCUGAUGUUGAUCGAGCUUUCGGUGGACUGGGCCACGCUACCAGAGAGGCUACUACAGACGAAUCCCGCAUCAACCUCCUGCACCCUCACGACGAAGAUGAAGAGGUCAACGUGCGGACCAUCGACAUGACUGAUGAUAGUGGCCAAACAGCUGUUGCGCUCAUGGUUGACGAUACCGAAUCCCAGCAGCAACGAGAGGGGAUAUCGGAGUCCAAUGAUGAUGACGAUGCCGUGACUAGUGAUGAAGAAGAAGAAGAAGAUGAGGAGGAGGACGAUGAAACUUCCCUUUCGGAAUCUAGCUCCGAUCCAGACGAGGAAGACGGUGUCCCGAAUUUAGGGGUGCCUCGCUUCAUCUACACUGCAGCUUUCGAGCGUCAACGACUCAAGUCUGGUGUCGAACCGGAUGUUUUCUGCGCGAAGCCAUUCCGAAAUUACACCGGGCACUCUAACACCAGGACGGUAAAGGAUGUCAACUACUUCGGCAAUGACGACGAAUAUGUCGUUUCCGGUUCCGAUGACGGCAACUUCUUCAUUUGGGAUCGCAAAACCACAAAGCUCGUGAAUAUUCUCGAGGGCGAUGGCGAAGUAGUCAACGUGGUUCAAGGACAUCCAUAUGAAACGAUGCUAGCCGUCUCCGGCAUCGACAACACCAUCAAGAUAUUCUCCCCUGACGGUCGCGCCCGAGAGGAAGCUCGACUGGGUCGAGGAGUCAACCCCAAUCCUCCUUCUUCUCCUACACCCAUGCGUAUCGGAGUUCGAAUAGCUCGACGGCGCCCGCAACCACAGCAAUUCGACGAGGACGGCGACGCCAUUGUGGAGCCCACGGCGGAUCAAUCCGAUUCCGACGAGUACCUUGCGCCAUCAGGUUUACAAAGUAGGCGACGAAUGUAUGAUUCGCGCCGUAUUAUUGAGCAGAAUAGGCUGGAGCAUGCACGUGGUCGACAGGAUCAUGGUAUUACCAUCAGCCCGGACAUUGUCCAGUAUCUCAUACAACAUGGACUUUUGCGGACAUGAGAAGGUUGGCAGGACUAAAAGCGAAAAUAUAACACGAAAAAUGGCAUGAAUGCCCGGUACGGAAGGAUUGGGAAGAGGCUCUACAUGAUCAUCAAUACGAAGGU